AUGGACAACAAAUUUGUUGCGUCUCUUAUAGAGAGACAGGACACACCUUUAAGAACAAGACCAGCAUCGCCAUAUACGUUGAACCCGCCAAUUGAGGCGGAUGGUCUGUCUUGGCCCAGUCCUGGUGCUAGGGUUCGCACCGACGAGACCGAAGAUGAGCAACAGAAGCGUGUGGAUCGUAUAGCCGAUGCCGUUAAGGUAAUUUUGGGCGAAUUGGGCGAAGACCCGAGUAGAGAAGGAUUACUGGACACACCACAGCGAUACGCAAAGGCCAUGGUAUACUUCACCAAGGGCUACCAGGACAAUAUCUUGAAUGACGUGAUAAAUAACGCGGUGUUUGAGGAAGACCACGACGAAAUGGUGAUUGUCCGCGACAUCGAGAUCUACUCGCUAUGUGAGCAUCAUUUGGUGCCAUUCUUCGGCAAGGUGCAUAUUGGGUACAUUCCUAACAAAAAAGUGUUAGGUCUCAGCAAACUCGCGCGGUUGGCAGAGAUGUAUGCGCGCCGUUUGCAAGUACAAGAAAGACUUACCAAACAGAUCGCAAUGGCCCUGAGCGAAAUUUUGAAACCUCGCGGUGUCGCUGUGGUGAUCGAGGCCACCCACAUGUGCAUGGUGUCGCGCGGUAUUCAAAAGACGGGAUCUUCUACCGUUACAUCUUGCAUGCUUGGAUGCUUCAGAGGCGCGCACAAAACUAGGGAAGAGUUCCUCAAUCUUUUGAGCAAGCGCAGCAUAUGA